CCCACAUCAACAAACUUCAUAGCCAUACUCAUCACCUCUUCAAAUUCUCCUAUCUUUAUGUUUUCUUAAUUUCUCUCCACGCAAAAGAAAAUGGCCGACAACUCCCAAAAGAUGGCUUACCAUGCCGGAGAAGCAAAGGGUCAAGCUCAGGAGAAGGCGAGCAAUUUGAUGGACAAGGCGAGUGAUAAAGCCCAAUCAGCCAAAGAGUCAGUGCAAGAGGCAGGACAACAAGUGAAGGCCAAAGCACAGGGAGCUAUUGAUGCCGUCAAAGAUGCUGCAAAUAAAUGAAACCCGCCCCUUGUUUGAGAUGACCUAUUUUCUUUAAAUUACUUAUCAUUUUUCUUUUUAUUUUUGCUUAGUUUUUUUUUUCUUUUUCUUUGAUUAAAAACUCUUACAAUAAGGGUUUUAUUUUCAUUUUGUGUAAAAAAGAGCUCGCGUAUGGCGCACGAGCCUUCUCUUCAAUAAAAAUGAUGCCGACUAAAAUUUUAAGCGUA